CGGCCAUCACUCCACUAUCCUACUGUGUGUGUUCAAAUCCCUCCUCGAGUUCCAGCUUCAUCAGUUUCGACUCCGCCUGGUGUGGUCUCAUAUGCGGUUCCCUAUGCGAAACCGAUACAGUACUCGGCGUCACACCUACAGUACGAAAACAUGAAACACCGAUGUAAAAUGUUGGAUACGGAAAAUCAGCGGCUCAUGCGACUUCAGCAAGAGCUGGUGACGGACGCGAAUCGAAGAGUUGAAAUGCAUGUGAACGAAAUACGUAUGCUGAAAGAGGACAAUAAGAAAUUGACCGCCGCUAAUAAGGAACUGCGAGAUUUGUGCUGUUUCCUCGAUGAUGAUCGUCAGAAAACUCGUCGGUUAGCUAAAGAAUGGCAGAAGUUUGGACGAUACACGACGCAUGUGAUGAAACAGGAGAUAUCCCUCUAUCAAAAACGAUUGCGUGAUCUUGAAGGCCGUCAGACUGAACUUCUUAAUGAGAAUGAGGAAUUGAAACAGCUUUGUCUAUAUCUGGAUGAGCAACGGCAACAGUCGUUUAUCUAUCGUAGAGAAGACGAUCGAGAAAGUGAAGAUCUAGGUUGUGGAAGCAGCGAACGAAGUGAAGAUUGUGACGAGACCAAAGAAUUGUGUGAAACGCCAUCAAUCAAUCAACAGAAGGAAAAUACUUUGCGAAUGAUCAGUCAACGAAUAGGGACAUACCAUUCAAGCCAAACAGCCUCUGUGGAAAGCAUCGCUCAUACGGAUCGACUUGUCGACUAUAUUCAUUCGUUGGAAGAGCGAAUAAAACAACUUGAAGGUGCCAGUCGACAAAAUGGAAUAUGGCACUCGGCUUGCACCUUGGCGUCCGAUUCUGAUGAAACAACAGUCAUAGAUCGAUGCGAAGAGCUGUCAGACGACGUAUUGUUGAAGAAAUCUAGGCAGAAUUACCCUAAACCGAUGCAUAUCUCUUACAGCAGCACGCUGACCACUUCAGGAACAACAUACGCUAGCUCUGAGACGGACCUAGAAAGCGCUGUAUACGUGAUGGGAGACGAGACAGGUACAGAUUCCUACUCUGUGACUGGUCCCAAGCUUGCAAACAAUCCCAUUUUCCAUUGGGAUUGA